AUGUUCCAGCACGACACACUGGAGGCCAGCACAGGUGAAGUCAGCAUCACGGAUAUGGAGGGCCCAGUUUUGCGCCAGCUGCUCUCAUACACGUACACCCUCCAUGCCCCCCAGCUGUCCAGCAUGACCCCACAAAUGCUGGCAGCUGCUGAUAAGUACGGCUUGUCGGCCCUGAAGGCUGCUUGUGAGCAGCAGCUGGCCACGCAGCUGACUGUGGAGAGCGUGGCAGCCACAGCUGUCCUGGCAGUGAGGCACUGCUGCCCAAGCCUGACUCCGGCUUCAGUCGCCUUCAUAAAAGACCACAACUUCCGAGUAAUGGCUACACAGGGCUGGGCAGACAUGAUGCGUAGCCACACUGAAGAUUUGAUUGAAGUGAGUCGCCUGCUUGCUGAACCACCAGAAGAAAUCAGGAGUCUUUCGGUCGAGGAGAAAGACAGGAGGCUGAUCCAGGCAGCUGAGGAGGGGGCAGUGGAGGAGAUACGGACUCUGCUCGCCGCAGGUGCUGACUUAGGAGUGAGGGACAAGUACAUGGGGACCGCCCUGCAUUGUGCAGCGAGGGAGGGACACGUAGAUGCAGUGAAGUAUCUGGUGGAGUGUGGAGCAGGCCUGGAAGACAGGAACAGGAAGCAGAGCACUCCUCUGCACUUAGCUGCAUGGAAAGGCCACACGGCUGUGGUGCGGCUGCUGGUGGCUUGUUCUGCAGACCCCAACGCCAAGGGUGACUGUGGGUGGACGCCACUGCACUUUGCGGCAUGCUAUGGUCACACAGAAGUGGCAGCUGUGCUGCUGGAGGCGGGAUCUGACAGGAGCGCAAGAGAUAACAGUGGGAACACACCACUGGACCUUGCUAGACAUAACAAUCAGCAGCAGCUCGUAGGGAUACUCACGUGA